AAUGAUAUAAUGUAGUCUCUUAAAUUUUUUGAAUUUAUUUGUUUUUUAUAUCUUCAAGGUUGAAGAGGCCAAAUGUCAGAAUUCAGAAUUUGAGGGAAACCUGGAGGGUACAAUUUGUUUCAUGGUCCCUGGUGUUCUUCCUGAUACUUUGAACACGGUCAGAAUAAGAGUCAGAACAAAUAAAUUAUGCUAUGAGGAUGACAAACUCUGGAGUAAUUGGAGUCAAGCGAUGAGUAUAGGUGAGAACACCGACCCCACGUUCUACAUAAGCAUGUUGCUCGCCACUCCGGUCAUUGUCGCGGGCACAAUCAUAGUCCUUCUGCUUUAUCUCAAAAGGCUCAAGAUCAUUAUAUUCCCUCCAAUUCCUGAUCCUGGCAAGAUUUUUAAGGAAAUGUUUGGAGACCAGAACGAUGAUACUCUGCACUGGAAGAAGUACGACAUCUAUGAGAAGCAAACCAAAGAAGAGACCGACUCUGUGGUGCUGAUAGAAAACCUGAAGAGAAACUCUCAGUGACGGGGAUAUUUAUUUUAACCUUCAACGUGACCUUGUGAAGAUUCAUCCCAUUCUGCGUUUGUUAUCUGGGAACUCGUGAAACGGAAAUUGAAACUACUGGGGCCAUUUAAAAACAGGCAGCUCAGAAGAGCCGCGGUCUUUCUGUUGAGUCGAGCACUGAGAAACUAAACCUGAGGGGCUCUUUGGCAAAGAGAGUGGAGUCCUUGUUGUUGAAUUGUAAAAGCAGACCACCCUCGCGACGGCUUCAAAGUCAGGGACAAAGCAAACAGCGAUGAUGGUGGUAGAGUUAAUCUUACCAAGAGUUGUGACAACUUCUGAGGGAUCUGUGCCUGCUUUGUAUUCUCUGUGUCCAACAAAACCAACACAUUCGAUUUUGUUGUGUGAAACUCAUUUUGGGUGCAGUUGCUCAUGCCAGCCCCUGAGUCACAGAGAACGUCUAGCAAACGAAAUUGAUAAAAUCUGUUAAUCUGUUCCUUGGGAUCUCGUGGAGGAAUGUGUGGGGCUCUGAAACCUCUUAGCAGCCUGGGAUCCUCAGCGCCGUGAGCAGCAGGUGUCUCCGCUUGGAAAGGCUCGGACAUCAGCGCUGGCCACGAGGAGGACACCUCCAGAAAAAGCAGAGGCCGCUCCUUUCCCGACACCUUUCAAAGCCACGGCAGGCUUUUGGGGGCCCCAGUGGAGGGUGGCAGGGAUGGCUGGGUGUGAGGGUGUGCAGCCCGUGCCUUCUUCCCUUCCGCUGCUCAGAGCAGAUGCUCACCCCCGUGCCCCUGCGCUCGGCCCCCAGCCCGGAGGCGCCGCUCACUCGGACGGGGGACAGUCAGCCGAGACCCCUCUGUCCUUACCACUUUAUCUCCACCGGUCAGGUGCCAGACCUUUCGACUCCCCGGUUCCCCUGCCCAGUCUCCCCGGCCGCGUGCACCCUCAUUCCCGGCAGCCAGCGGGUCUUUCCCCUCUGGCUAGAAAUUAGAAUGUAAAGCUGCUCAGAACACCUAGAGGGGCAGGGAGUAAUUUGCAUCUCAGGUAAAGUGUGAGGAGACUAAGAAACAAUGACUGAUUCUUGCAUAUUUUGUAACUUCUGCGUGAGUCCGCAUUUCUUGGAAGGUUUUCAGCGUUUACUAUUUAUGCAUUUUCUAAGCAGAAAGGAGGUAUUAUCUUCACUUUGAGCUUUGCUCUUCGUUUCAGAAAGGAAUAGUUACGUCUUCCCCUUUUCCCUUCCGGCCACGACUGGUUGUGAGUAGGUUUUGCUGCUUGUACGGACAGCAUCUGAGGCUCCAACAUUUGUAUUCUUUUUUUUUUUUUUUUUUGCAUACUCAGGGUUCCAUUCUCACCCAGCCCUGCAUCAGACCCACAGAGAUGCUCCCUCCACUCCUCCUCCUUCCUCCAAAUUUAAAGAAGCGUGGAAGCGAGAAGCCCCCCACUCCGCCCCCCCCCAGUCUCUCUCCCCACAUGCAUGGACUCUGAUUCCUGAUAAGAACUUGAAAAUGUGAUACCACAAGUUCUCCAGACACUCACCCGUGGGCAGCAAUCAGAUGUUGCGACUUGCAGCUCCUGCUUUUAGGGGAUGACAGGAGGAGGUCAGAGGUUUGGGCCCAGGUGGCCACCGGCUGGCACGGCCGCGGAGGAGGAGGGCACCCUGGCUUGUCAGAGGAAAUUGCAGGCCAGGGGUAGACGUCAACGUGUUUCCUCCCUGUAUCUUUUUUUUUUUUUUUUUCCAGGUCAGAUUGAGGUGGGAGACAGGCAGAGUAGAUGUCCCACCUUGUUCUACGGUUCUCUAGAAAGAGCAUUUGGUUUUCCUGUGUCGGAAUGAGAUUCUCUCCCAGUCAAGUCUUUUAUAAUUCUGGAAAGCAAAACACCUACACGCCUCAGCCAGGGCCAUUUUUCCUGGUAUCCUAUUUAGAUGGCAGUGAGGGAGGGGAUGCUUUGGGAUCACGGUUCCCCAAGGGACUGCAGAUGGUGACAGUCACAGCCCGGGAGCGGGGACAUCGCACUUGGUUUCCAUUCUCCGCUUUGAGCUGUCAGAUAGUCGAGGGAAAAGGGGGCAGCAAACUACGGGAAUACCUAUGGCUGAUGGAGAAUUGCUGAAGAGUGAUUCCCCCGGUGUUGGGAGCUCUCGGGAACUUGAAUACAUCAGUGGGAUUUCCAUCACCCGUAGGAAACGCGUAGCUUCAUUCGCUGUGUUAUGCCUAAACUAUAUGGAUUUUCUUUCCCUCCACCCACCUAAGUAAACCCAGUGUAAGGAUGGUCAUUCUUAUUCUUUCAUUCAGAUAAGUUUUUCCUCUAUCUGGGCACUGAAGGGAUACACAAAACAAUGUUAAGAAUAUUUUUGGUAAUGCCUUCAACUAGGGAUCAUUUUGUUUAACUUCUUACAGGAAAGCUUGAGUGAAAUAAAUACUGUCUUUUUGUAUGUCACCCA